AUGGAGGGGACAAAGUUGAUCAAGGAAAGGUUGUGCUAUAAAAGAGUGCUUCUUCUACUUGAUGAUGUUGACAAAACAAGUCAACUUGAUGCGCUCAUGCAGAAGUGUGAUUGGUUUGGAAAAGGAAGUAAGAUUAUUAUUACGACCAGAGACCAAGGGAUUCUCGAUAGGCCUACACUUGUUGAUGGGACUUACGAACUUACUGGCAUGGAUUUUGGUCAUUCUCUUCAACUUUUUAGCAAACAUGCGUUUAGAAGAGAUUAUCCCUUAGAGCAAUACAUCUCUCACUCUGAAAGAGCACUAAAUAUAUGCGGCGGUCUUCCUUUAGCUCUCGAGGUAAUAGGUUCUCUUUUGUCAGGAAAAAGCAUUGAGAAGUGGGAUACCAUAUUAAAGGAGUUAGAAGAGUUGCCUCAAGAGGAUGUCCAAAGGAAGCUGAUGAUCAGCAUUGAGUCAUUAAAUGAAGACCAAAGAAAAAUAUUUCUUGAUGUCGCUUGUUUCUUCAUAGGUUUUGAUAAAAGAAUUGUGAUUCACAUGUGGGAAAGUUGUAGAUUUCUUCCUGUACAAUCGCUUCAAAUCCUCCAGCAAAGAUCUUUGAUAAAGAUCAGAGAAGAUAACCAACUGUGGAUGCAUGAUUGGUUAAGAGCUAUUGGAAGAAAUUCCAUACAACAAGGAAGUGGGAGGAAACUAGAGAAGCAACAAUGGGUGUGGACUCAAGCACAAGCAUUGGAGGUUCUCGAGAGGAUUCAGAUGGGAGGCGUUGUUCAUGGAAUUGGAUGUAUUGAAGCAAUAUGUCUUAAGCUUGAGAAGCUCUUUCAAUACUCCUUGAUAAAAGAAUGCCUACCAAGCCUUUUAAAUGUAAGGUUCCUCCAAGUGGAUAGCGAAGACUUCAAUGGGAACACAUACUCCAUCCCUACUCCCGUGGGUCGUUUUCUAUACUACCAUUGGUCAAAUCUCCUUGAAACCACAUCCGGCCCAUUUAUCCUUCCAGAAUUGAGAUGGCUUUCAUGGCAUUACUUGCCUGCGGCUUUUAAAUUGACUCAUUUUUCCCUGAGGAAGCUGGUAAUCCUUGAUUUCUCAAGGAGUAGAAUCACAGAAAAAUGGGAUGGAUGGAGCCACAUCAAGUUGGCUAAGGAUUUGAAGGUCCUAAACCUGACUGAAUGCGAAAAAUUGCGAAAAACUCCGGACUUGUCCCCUUAUGUCAAUUUAGAGCGGCUGAUUCUUGAAGGAUGUAAGAGGUUGGUUCACAUUGAUCCAUCCAUCGGUCACCUUAAAAGGUUGGUCUUCUUAAGUUUGAAGGAUUGUUUUUGUCUCCGCAAGUUACCGGAUGAGAUGGGCGAACUGGAAUCAUUAAGGGAACUUCUUUUGGACUCUACAUCUAUAAAAGAGAUCCCUGAAUGGAGAAAGAUGAGGAAACUGGAAAUUCUCAGCUUGUUUUCGUGUCUAUCAUUGGAAAAAUUCAGUUCCAUUGGUUGCACAGCAUCAGCAGCGGAGCCUAAGUCGAUCAAAAAUCUCAAUUCACUGAUUGAGUUGGAUAUAUCGGAAACGAGGAAAAUUGAGAAGUUACCUGAAUCCAUUGGGAGUAUGAAGAAUUUGAAAGUUCUAAAGUUAAAGUACUGCCUUAUAAGAAAACUACCUAGCGCCAUUGGAAUGAUGGAGAAGCUCGAACAGCUAGAGGCGGGGGAUGUUGUUCUUGAAGAAAUUCCCGAUAAUAUUGGGAAGUUACAAUUUUUGAGAAUCUUGAAAUUGCAACCCACAAGAAUUUCGGCAUUGCCUCAGCUUCCAGAAAGUCUCAUCACUGUAAGUUUUCAUUCGUACUCAAUGAAGAUGUUGCCGGACCUCUCGAACCUAUUGAAUUUGAGAACAUUGAGUCUGCACUUGGAUCAGCCCAAAGAUCCUCCUAAACUUGAAGAAGCUCCGAGUGGUUGGUGGAUUGGAAGAUUACGCAUGCUCGAGGAAUUGGACUUGGCUAGUCUUGAUAUCACCUCCCUAUCGUCCGAUAUCGUUUUCCUUUCUCAGCUGAAGCGACUCAAGCUUGGCUGCGAUAAUUUGCAAUGCCUACCUAGACUUCCGUCAAAUUUGUCAUCCUUAUUGAUCUGGCGGAGUUCGAGUUUGAAGACAACGGGGGAUCUUUCGUAUUUGAAAUCGCUAUCGGAUUUGACAGUUAGGAGGUGUGACCAGCUAACGGAGAUUCAAGGCCUUGAAGGUUUGGAGAAUUUGAUAUCAUUGGAGCUCAAUGAGCUUCCAUCAUUGGCGGAGUUGCCUGAUUUGACUAACUUGAAGAAGCUCAAGAAAAUUCAUCCAAAGUACUAA